AUGACUUUCCCCGGGCUCGCUCCGUCGCCGUUCUUCCUUGCGACGCCCGGCCGGCCGCCACUACCAUGGGAGCAGUGUGAGCAGAUGUUCAACGUCUACCUGGUGGCGUCCGGGGCCGCCGAGUUCACGCCAGCACGACGCAAGGCUAUCAUUUUGCAAUGCUUGGGGCCGGAGGGCCAGCGUAUUUAUCAGACCUUACCUGCAGGGUCGACCGCCGCAGCACCACCAGUGCCAAGCGCCGCAGCGCUCGCCGUUAAGGACGGGGAUAAGUCUGCCGCAGCCACUUAUGACGAAUACGACACUGCACUCGUGGCAUUACGGCACCACUUUUGGACGUCCUGCAACGUUGUCGUCGAGCGUCAUCGUUUUCACCGCCGCCGUCAACACUCAGGCGAGUCCGUUCAUGACUUUGUUGCCGCCCUACGGGAGCUAGCGUCACACUGUUCGUUCGUUUCUCAGGAUGAUGCUCUGCGGGAUCAAAUCUUUGCCGGCAUAGCUUCCAACCGCGUACGUGAACGGUUAUUGCUUGAGGGCCCCUCACUUUCGUUCGAAGGCUCGGUGCGAAUUGCGCUCCCAUUUGAGCAAGCAGCUGAAGAGCUAAAGGAAUUUUCUCCUUCGGUCGACAAAGUUUCAAUGCAGCGUCGCCGUGAGAAACCAUUGCAUUCAUCGCAAAAGAGCUAA